GUGGGUAAAACCUAUCCAGGCGUUGUAAGACCUGGUAUGCGUCAGCAACGCCUGGGCAGAGGAACGCGCCCAAUCUGUUGUAGGCUAUUCGGCCUGUAUGCCAGCGGUCAGUGCUAUCCGUGUUCCUUGGGACGUCCCUACCCUAUAAACCAUAACUCUUACCCAUUUUGCAUUUCAACUUCAAUGGUUUAUGGACGUCCCAAGGAUCCCAGAUUGCAUCGGGCCCAAUAUGGGCCCGGAAGUUGUCAGGUAAAAUUUAUAUCCGGAGAUGCUGCCGUCGCCAGAGACAACAAACAGAUAUUCUGACAUUUAAAAACGACAACAAUAGUCGUUCGUCAGUCAGCUGGUGAGAGAAUGAAUGCUGAUGACUGCAAUGGAUUUUCAUAUAUGUCAGGCAGUGGAGGAGAGUCGGCAAAGGAGCGAGGUGAUUUCUGUGGAGGUCUGAGGGUUCCAACAUUGACCACUCCAAACUGUAAACAGUCCUCUCCAAACAGAUCUCUUAGUGUGAGCACCAUUAAGGUAGAACUCUACAGUGACAAUGAGUCUGCAGGUUCUCCACAGCCAGAGAGAAGAGAUGGAGAGAGGGAUGAUGACAGAGGGGACAAGACAGAAGAGGGGAGUGAGGUAUGGGGAGGACCAGGAAAGGGUUACGGGGAGCUGGCCAGUCCUCAGCCUGCAUCUGCCGGUCCCAUCCGACUGCCCAAUUGUAAGCUCCAAUGUGACGUGUGUGGAAUGGUCUGCAUCGGGCCCAAUGUACUAACAGUGCACAAACGCAGCCACACAGGUGAGCGUCCAUUCCAGUGUAACCAGUGUGGAGCCUCCUUCACCCAGAAGGGGAAUCUGCUGCGCCACACAAAGCUGCACUCUGGAGAGAAACCCUUUAAAUGUCCCUUCUGUAACUACGCCUGUCGCCGCCGGGACGCACUCUCUGGACACAUCCGCACACACACUGUGCCCUCUCUGACAGUGGGUAAACUUUACAAAUGCAGUUACUGUGGUCGUAGCUACAAGCAGCAGAGUACCCUGGAGGAACACCUUGAACGCAGCCACAACUACUUAAAGAGUCUACAGAACCAUCAGCCAGCACUCAGCACUGUCCCCACUACACAGGGGGAGGAGUCCCCAGGCAUGGAGCUGAUCCCUGAGCCAGAGCCUGUCCUCCAGCCGUCCACUGAAAAACAGUCCUUCGUACACAGGCUGGUCAACAGCGUCACCAAACGAAAGAGGUCCACACCACAGAAGUUUCUGGGAGAAAAGCACAUGAGGCUCAACAACCGUGAUCUACCUUAUGAACUAUCCCCUGGCCCUGAAGAGGAUAAGAAUGGGGACCUGCACUCUGACCUUGAUGGAGAAGCUGGUGCUACAGGGUUAGCAGGGAUUGGGGGCAGGUUCCUCCGCAAGUGUGGAGGUGGUGAGGUCCCUGGGUCUAAGCCCCCUCAGCUGGCCCUGCCCUACUCUGCCUGCCUGUCCGACUCCAGCCCAGUCAUCAGCUCUGUUUACAGCCACCGGACUCCUCUGGGUCCCCAGGUCAAUGGUGGAGCUGGAGAUGUGGCCGUGUCUGUGGAGCUCGCUGGACGGGAAGCAGGCAAGGGACACAAGAACGUUCCCUCAGGUCACAGCAACAUCCACAGCCUCACUGUCAGCAACGGCCCCAGCAACAGCCCCAGCAACGGCUGCCACGAUUUCAAAGACAAGUCCGACACAAAGAGCACAGCAGAGGAGCAGCAGAGCACCAGGGUUACAGCUCCAACCAGCAACUCCAACAACCCCCACCUCCUCCCUCAUCUACAUUACCCAACCCCAGGCCUGCUCCGCAGCCGCACCCAUCUCCGUCCCAACCCCAGCCAAGCCAACGACCCAGACAUAGAAAGGGAGAGAGGAGACAGGGCCUGCCCCGUGCCCAUCGACACCACCAUCCCAACUAGUGUGAAGGGAUCGAGGACCCCCGGUUUAGGGUCACCCUCCAUCUCCAAGGAGGCUUCUAUACAGGUGGUGGACGGGGAGGGGCGAGCGGUGCGGUCAUUCCGCUGUGAGCACUGUCGCAUGUUCUUCCUGGACCACGUGAUGUUCACCAUCCACAUGGGCUGCCACGGCUUCCGCCAGCCCUUCCAGUGCAACGUCUGUGGGCACCACAGCCAGGGCCGUUACCAGUUCACCUCGCACAUCAUCCGCGGGGAGCACCAGGUGGGCUGACGAGGGGAGUUAAAGGGGGGAUUCGGUCCCAACUUGGCCCUAACCCUUCCCCUUCAAUGUUUACACAAAUCUGAAGGGUCUGGAUUGGGAUAAUCAGUGUACUGGUGGAGCUUUCUCUGUAUUGCUUCCACCUUACAGAUCUAUUCACAUCAUUAAGGCCAAGGGUAGAGGUGGGAGCGAAUUGGGACUGGCUAGGGAGGGAGGGAGGUGUCUGCUGCUUUAAGAACGGUGGGCUCAGGUUUGUUCUGCACCACGUUACACAGAGACAGACACACAUUGCCUUAACUGUUACAUAGCAGCAAACCGUUAAUUUAAUUAUUUUUUAGAGUACGUGAUCAUGUGUAAAGGAGAUUAUGAUGAACGUAAAAUAUCCUGUUUAAGGGCACUUCAAUAUUUAGGUGACGUGGAUCGUUUACUGUGGAUGGUUACAGAUUUCAGGGGUGGAGAAGUAGAGAGUUAAUUAAUAGGAGACUUGUAAUUCCGGUGCAGAUCAGACUCUUGAACCAUCCAGUGAUAGAUAGGAGUUGACUGAGGUGGUCAUAUGCGAUUGAGGAUUGCACUUUUAGAUUCUUUGCUUAAAUGUGAUAAUAGUGUGAAGUGAAAUUUACUUUUACCUUUGGAGGGUUUUGUUGUCUGAGAUUGCUGUAAUGCACUGAUAAAUUAUUGUAACGCUUUAAUUUGACUUUGUAUAAGAAUGCUCUGCACACCAGAUGAACAGGGUUUUAUAGGAUUGUCUUAAUGAGACAGGCCAUCUACAGAAGUGGGUAAUGUACUGGUCUGUCCCUCCACUUAAAAUGGGUGCUUUAUUUAUGUAUUGUAAUCUCCAUCCCAAUUUUACAGAGGUGACUCGAUGUCAACUUCCACAGAAUGGUCCAGGAAACGAGGACUACUACUUUGAUGGGUAGACUCCAUUUGCACAAAUGGAAACUGAAUAGUGAGAAAAGCACUUAAAAAAUAUUUCAGUCUAUCAAUGUUUCUCUACUUUUGUAUAGUUAUGUGAAUAUAUGUAUGUUGUAGUGUGCGUUUAGCAUAGUUUUGGUAGAUGUGGUCAGCUAUAUCCCAAAUCUUGUCCAGCCACAGCACAAGCAGCCCAUUAUUAAUCCAGAAAAUGUUACCUCCUGCGAUUUUUAAAGCAACCGAAAACCUCUAAAUGCAUUUGAGUUUUUGCAGUGUGUGAAGUGUACAAUGUUUGAGACCAAAUUCAGUGUUUUAUGUGAAAUGUUUAGUCUUUGUUUGCAUCCUCCUGUGAAAAAUGACAAACAAAUGUAUUGGUAUCUUUAAAAAAACUCAAAACAAAUUGUACUAUGAAUGCACUUGAUGUACAUAGGAUAAUUCUAGGACGUAUGAAUGUGCUUAUCAGUUUCUCAUUCAUUUAUCCUUUCCACUGUGUGAUGACAAAUUAAUUAUGUAUGAACUGUGAAGUAACCUCAAGCACCAACAGAGCAAUCAGGGUUGCCAGGUUUUGCUCAAAUCUGUAGCCCAAUGACCAGAAAAUACCCCCCAAAAGGACUGAACUUUUUUCACAUUUAUACAAUAAAACUAUUUUUUCAUAAUGUUAUCAAGCCAAUAAAGAAGGAAAAUCAACAAAUCAACGUAACUUGUAACGACGUUAGAAGCUAAAUAGUUUUUUUUUAUCAAAAUAAUAUUUUUUCAGAAUAAACUCAUUUGAAUAUAUCGCAAGAGAAAAUAUAAUUUGUCCUUAUUAAACUCGCCAGAUAAUUUUCCACCAAUGGCUGUCGAUUUAAUUUAUUUGACUGCUAUGAUUAAGCAAUAAGGCACGAGGGGUAUGGUAUAUGGCCAAUAUACCACGGCUAAGGGCUGUUCUUAAGCUUGACGAAACGCGGAGUGCCUGAAUAGAGCCGUUAGCCGUGGUAUAUUGGCCAUAUACACAAACCCCCAGGGUGCCUUAUUGCUAUUAUAAACUGGUUACCAACAUAAAAGUACAUUUUUGUCAUACACAUGGUAUACAGUCUGUUAUACCAUGGCUUUUAGCCAAUCAGCAUUCAGGGCUCGAACCCCAUUUUAUAAUUGUAAAUAAUUCCCUUUUGCGCAUGUGCAUAACUAUAGAUAUAUCCGAUUGGAGAGUUUGAGUGAUGAAUGUUGGACAGAGGAUCUCGAAAUCUCUGAGCAAAAAAUACUUGGACAAACUUUUUAAAAAACAAACGUUUUCUGGCAAUUGUGCCAUUAUUAUGUGCCAUAUGAUUUUAAGACUACAAAGAGUAAUAAAUGGCCUAUUUAGUAGAUUGACUUGUCAUUUCAACAGGAAUAAGCUACAGACUAAUAUCUGGGUUUAUGAUUGUAAUUAAAGUUUGCCAUGGUUUGCUUAGAUAGAUGUAGGUUGCCUAUAGCAUAGCUCCUGAUAGGCCUACAUCUUAAUUCAGAUAGUCUACAGUAGCCAGUGGU